AUGGACGUUCUGAGGCAAAAUUUACAUAGUGGGAAACUUUUUUCUGAAAGAAUCAUCCAGUCGCAUUUCCAAAUCCCGAGUUGGGCAACAAAGCUGAGGCGCACACAGAGUCAGCGCUACUAUGUGGUAGUGCUCUUGAACGAGUCAACAGAUGAUGAUGAACGUACCAAGCAUACUACACAUUGUGAGUUUGGUCCGCUUAAAUGUGUUGGUUGGCUUGGAAAACCUGGAACGCGCGCUGCGCCAGGAGAUGGAGCAAAGGAGACGGCGCCGGAGGCAUUACGUUCGCUUGGAACACGUGCCAUUCCUGGGUAA